AUGGCAGAGGAAAUCCUUGAAAAAUUCCCUAAUGUUGCGUCAUUUGAUGAGAAUGGAAGAAAUAUACUACACAUAGUGGCACAGCUGAAAGAUAGAAUUAUCUAUGACCACUUGAAGAAGACUGUCAAUCACGCAGAUAGGAUGAUGACUGAUGUUGAUAAUCAUGGAAACACUAUUUUGCAUCUUGCAGCCUACAAGUAUGAAAAAGAUCUUUUUCCUCAAAAUCUUUUUGGACCUAAUGACUCUUAUCCACAUUUGAUAUAUCAUCGAAACAUUGAUGGUAAGACAACAAAUCAAGUAUUCGAGGAAGAGCACGGGGAUGCCAUGAAGGAAGCUAAGAAAGCAAUCAAAGAUAUUAAUAGUUGCUUGAUGCUUGUUUUCACUAUAACUGGCACCGUCAAUUACGCUGCACUUUUUACUAUCCCUGGUGGUUUCGAUCAAUAA